UGUUGGGACCCAGAGCAUUUUGGCGGUAGAGCAGAACACAAAUUUACCAGAGAAUGUUAAUUUUACUUUAAUAGGAUUUGAGCAUGGCUGGUACGUGGUUUGGCAAUUGUUUUUGUCUAAAUUCAAAUUCCUGAGAGAAUUGAUAGGUGAUACGGGGUCCCAACAAGGGGACAACGAGCCUUCAGAGACUGAAGCUGAUCAGGAGCCUCCACCCUCGCCUCAGAGAGGUAGACAGAAAUCUGCUCGGCAGCGAAGGGCACCUACAGAAGACACAACUUAA